AUGGUGUUUGAUAAAGUUCGAAGCCUCUUUGAUAUCACCCAAAUACAAGAUUUUCCUGGUUAUGAAGUUUCUCUUGAAAGUGCCAUAACAUUUAUUAUCAGGGAGUUGAGAUUACAUGGUGUGCAGAACGAAAUAAUUGACCUAAGCCUCAAGCUUGAUGGUAGGCCAUUUGCAGGUGAGAACACAAUCUUUAGUAAAUACAGUGUACCUUAAUUAUUUCCAGAUUCCUGUAUUGUAUUUUGCAACAACUGUGUUGCACUUAAGAAAAAAACAUAGAAACAAAAUCAACAGUGAGACUGGGUUAAAAAUUAUGACACCAAGGGACAUACAAUAUGUGUCCAAAUUAUUUCUUAACUGUAAUACUGAAACAAGUUCAUCCUAACGAAACCCUGUGAUCUUUUAUCAUAGGUGUAGUCUUGGACUGAAAUAACCUUUUUUGUCAGUAUUCUCAACCAUUUACCAUGCCUUAUCCAUAAUUUUCACUUGAAAGAUAUUCAGUCAUAGGCAGUGCAGAGAUAAAAUAAUGUAAGGCAGGAUAUAUAAUAUACGGGAGUUUUAAACAUGUUGUCCAUAUUAUUGUUGUCUCACUCUGUAUUAGGGAGUAAAUUUUAGAGAAAAUACAUGAGCUUUUUGUUGCAACAAAUCCAUUAACCCAUUCGCUCCUGGAGAUUUUGCCGAAAACCGCGUUUUGAAGCUAGUCGAGUGGUUUUCUGUUCACUGUCGUGCUAUAAAGAGCUAAAACUUACCACAAACCGGUUUAUAGGUCGUACACUUCGCGGCCUUUUGAUCCAGAUGUAAAAUAUCAGCUUGCGAAGUUCGGGCAUGCGCAGAAAGCCAAAUUUCGAGAUAGUUUUUGGGUUUAAAAGUGACACAGCAGUCUGGACUUUUACUUUUGCCUUUCUCUCCUCCCUUCUUUUUUCGUUUUUCUUGCCUCAUUUUUUUUUUCUCUUGCUGGGCAUUUAGUAGGCUUCAUUUUGGUGGGAGUAGUUUUUAGCAAAGCUUUUAGGAUCUUAGGAUUAGGAGAAAGGAAAGGUAGGUGGGUAAGGAACAAGAUUUUCAUGGAGAUUUUCAGGUCAAUGUCACGUGGUUUUUUGCUUCUUUCUCCGGUGUCCUUGACUGAAUUGUGCUCAUUAUGGUAUGGUUUGAAAGAUCUCUUCAUUCUGCACAAGUUAGCGAAGAAAGUUGUCCUUGACCAUUAAAACUGAUGAAGUCACAAAGAGUAGAAAGGACCUGGAUCCGCACGGGCGGUUACGGGUGGUUCAGGGGCGAAUGGGUUAAAUAAUGGUGUCUGUAUUAAGUUUGAGGGGGGAGGUAACAUGAAUAAAAGUGGCAGGGUAAACAUAACCAAACACUUUGAAUUCUAGGUCAUGAAGUGGUGCUUAUAAAUUUUUGAAAUGCCUUUUUUUUGUUUCCUCUCAUUUGUAGGGCGCAGUCAGGUCCUAAUGGGUGUAGUCCCCAAAGACACACCAUUCCUGUCUCAUCAGAGCUGCAAAUUAGUGUGCCCUUUAGCUAUUGCCAAUUGUAAGGAAGACAGGUAUGUUGUAUUUAAAUUUGAUUCAUUAGUCAAAUAGAUAUUUGUUUCCCAAAUAACUAGUUUUGUUAGUGAAAAUUUUUAUUGUACCUUUUUGACUGUGUAAGUUUUGGUUGUUGACCAGUUGUACAUGUAAGCUGAAAUAAUUUGUGAAUUUACAACAAAUUUAUUAUAUGAGGCCUAAAGGCCCCAGUAAACGAUCAUUUUUGAAAAUGUUACCGCAAAGGUCUUAAUUUAUUAGUGGGCCACUCACACCCAACCUUAUGUUUUCAAGUCUUAAGAACUAUAUGCCGCAGACCAGACUAGCAGUAUGGUAUUUCAAUUUCCCUUUUUUUUCAUUUUAGUAAUAACUUUAGUUUACCGGUAACUUUACUUUUUACUAUUAUUAGGGAAAACCUAAAAAAGCUGAUUGUUAAUGUCAACAAACAAAAGGAUGCACUAAAGAAGAAUGGAAUCAGAGUGGAUGGAGUGCAUUAUGUUGUGAGAUUUAAAGGUCAGUUUCACAUAAUAAUUAAUAAGGUAUUUUUUAGUACCAUAAUUUUCAAACCAAAUGCAAAUACCUGCAUGUACAUUGACCUCUUUUUAAAAAUUUAUAUCUACAGUUAUACUUGACCUGAAGGCCCUCUAUCUUUUGCUGGAACAAAUAGGGAAAGCGAACUUUCAGCUUGGGAAACGAGGAACUGAAGUAGAGUGUUGCUUUAUCUGCAAAGCAUUGAGGGUAUGUGUAUAUAUUCAAAAUCUCUGUGUCAAAAAAUUCUACUAUGCAGGAUUUGACCUUACCAAUGACCAACUUACCAAUACAGUACUAUUAGAUUUUCAGUUUUGCUGGGUAAAAUUUGUUCGUAAAAACUAGCUACAGGGCUGGUGAAUAAUGGCUAUUUUUAUUGUUGCUUUAUUAGAAAUGUAAUUGCAAUCUUGGUCUGCACACAGUUUGUUUGGAACACUUUAGCAUGUCCAAGGCCAAUUAUAUUGGAGGGUAAUUUAUAAUUAGUUAUAGUUUUGGUUUACUAAGAAUUCUCCGAUGAUACUUGUUGAGGCAUGUAGCCCGUGAUUAUUCAUGAAUUUCAGCAUUUGUAGUUGUCGUUUUGAAUCCACAGUAACUUCUAAUUAUAAAAGGCAUUCAAAACAAGGUUAUCUCAAUACAGUUAACCUCUAUUUAAAAAAUUAAAUUCCCUGGUAUAGUGAGUGAAUCUCUUCAUGCCAGCAUUUAUAGCUUAAUUAAAGUAUGUUUCUAUAAAAGACUAACUUUUUAUAUAGACCUUAUUUUAGCAAUAAUAUUUUGUAAAUUAAGCCUUGCCUUUUGUAAAAGGGGAAGUUCCACUGCAUGGAAAAGAAAACAAAAAGCUUUUUUUGGACAAACAUGGUGUUUAAUGCCCCUGUCUAUAAAAUGUUGGCAAUUAUCCUUGUCUUGUUUUCCUAGAGCACAUAUUAUUUUCCCAUAAUAAUAUAUCACACUCUUCCUUUACUGUAGGUGUGUCAAUAUUGUAGGGGCACUGUCAUAAAAGACUGAAAACCUGUCGAAUAAAAUACUUGAGUUUGAAAUCUAUAAAACUGUUAAGUACCACUUCAGGGGAGAUAUCCCCUACAACUAACAAAAUAAUGAAUCUUCUUUUUUCUAGUUUCAAAGGCAUCCGUGAUGACUUAGAGUUCCUUUUUGAAGAGGAUUUAUCGUCUAUUAAUCUCUGCGCCCUUCACUGUGAACUUAGAAAUACUGAACAGCUGUUGUCAUUGUUGGUUUUUUUUUUUUCGUACAAAGUGGGUUCACUUGAUGAAUGUGAUGCCGAAUUGGCAAAUUAUGGCCCUGAGAAUUUAGCAGUAGAAUAA